CUUCGCUGCUGCUCAUUUCCAGUCCUCACCCCCCCCCCCAACUUCUCUUACAUACCCGUAAUUGCAAUAAUACAAUACCCAGUGGGUUUGUCUGCGACUUUUCUCACUCUUCCUUCUUCCUUCUUCCUUCUUCUUGCUCUUCUUCCUUCCGAUUUUCAACGACGUUCGGUAUAUAUCUUCUUCACACCACACUCUUUCACUCGCACGCGCGCACAAGUUGCAGCAGCUCCCUCCCAUUGAAGAUUGGAAUUACACCAGAGAUACCCGAUACUUGACACUAUCACCACACACACACACACAUAUACCUUCAAAAUGGCGUUCGGAUUACUCCUCCCACUGCGCAUCGCCCAAGGCAUCUUCGCCAUCGUCGUCAUGGGUCUCUCAGCCUACGUCGCCCACUGGUACGACGCCGACACCCUAACCGCCUCCCCCUCGCAAAUCAACUUUCUCAUCUUCGUCCCCCUCUUCUCCUUCCUCUCACUCAUCUACCUCGAGCUCUCCCCCCGCUUCAUGGCCAAAGUCUCCCACCCAUACAUCCACCUCGCCACCUCCCUCCUCAACACCCUCUUCUACUUCGCCGGCUUCAUCGCCCUCUCCGUCUUCCUGGGCAAACUGCUCUUCUGCCGGGGUUCCGUCUGCGCCGCGGCCCGCGCCGACGCCGUCUUCGCGGCCUUCUCGUGGCUGUUGUGGACCGGUGCUACUGCUUUACUCGCGCUCGAUAUGUUCAAGGGCGUGCGAACGGAUCGCGAGGCGAAGGUCGCGAUGAAGGAGCAGGGGGCCGGGGUGGGGGCUUGAAAAGUGGAGAGG